GUAUUUAAAAGGUCACAUCUCCCAGCUUCAAUAGGCUCUGACCAUCACAGGAAAGACCCAUCACUCUCACCUCUCAACUCAACGUCCACUUGUCUUUCUCUCCGGAGCAUUUCCCCUGGACUGCCAUGAUGAUGAGAAUGAAGCUGACCUUCCUUUUGGCCAUCUUACUUUUUCAACUGACCAUCUCAGUUAAAGGAGGCGGAUCUGCUUCUAAGCCAGAUCAACAGGCUCAACAGGCAGAUAAACAGUAUACAUUUGGGGAUAUCAUCAGAUUUAAUCGGAAGAAGGCUGGCAUACCAUAUAACCACUAUGCUAUUUAUGUGGGCAACCAUGAUAUCACAGGUAAAAAACCUGAUCAGGAUAUUUUUCACUUCUCAGGUGAAAUUGUUGAUCCAAAAAAUGCAGAUUGUGUAUUUGACAGUCUGGCGCAUGUUACAAAAGAAAGCACUCCUGUGGUACAAACAGAAUGGGAUGGAAUAGACUUGCCUAGAAGAACAGACGCCGGCAUGAUUGAGAAAAUUAAACUCUUUCACGAGAAAUGUAAAGGACACUACAAUAUGCUUUCGGCUAAUUGUGAGCAUCUUGUGACAUUCAUUGUCUUUGAUAAACCAACCUGCGAACAGAAAGAUACCAAUAAGUUCGUCGAAUGUGUGGCUAAAAUAUGUGGCAAAGCUAACUCGCCCCUAUUCACAAAUAAGAGGGGGCAUGGCAGAAGAGGUCUUGGUCUCCUACAGGAUGAAACCCGUGCCAACCAGGGUGCACCAGCUGCUUGAGUUCUAAACCUCUCUUCCAUCGUCUCUGUAUGAAGUGAGGUCUAAACCUCUCAGAUGUUCUCUCUCUCUUCCAUCCUCUCUGUCCCUGUAUGAAGUGAGUUCUAAACCUCUCAGAUGUUCUCUCUCUCUUCCAUCCUCUCUGUCCCUGUAUGAAGUGAGGUCUAAACCUCUCAGAUGUUCUCUCUCUCUUCCAUCCUCUCUGUCUCUGUAUGAAGUGAGUUCUAAACCUCUCAGAUGUUCUCUCUCUC